UUGCGUAGACUUGCCACUCGCGCUGGUCAUUAGUCCCAUAAUACAUUUACAACUGUAAUAUCUAAAAUCAUAUACGAAUAUUAUUGAUAAGAACUUUACAUUUGUAGGUGCUAUUAUCACAGAGCCAUAUUUCGCGGCGUCAGUGAGCGACACCAACUAAAUAGGAAGCACGAGACAAGUGUUUUGCUUUGCAGAAGAAAGAAAGUCAUACACAUCUAUAUGAGGAGAGCAUCAUUUAUGUGAUCAAUGACAUCACAAGAGAAAAUUAAAGUAGUGCUGCUGGCAUGCGGCUCCUUCAACCCCAUCACAAACAUGCACCUGCGAAUGUUUGAACUGGCUCGGGAUCACCUUGAAGACACUGGAAGAUACAUAGUGGUGAAAGGCAUAAUCUCGCCGGUUGGAGAUAGCUACAAGAAGAAAGGUCUGAUCGAUGCCUGUCAUCGGUUGAAGAUGGCGAGACUUGCCACAGAGAACUCUAGUUGGAUCACAGUAGAUGACUGGGAGAGUCAGCAGCCCGAGUGGGUGGAGACAGCCAAAGUAGUUCGGCACCAUCAUACAAAACUAUCUUCCUCUGAGAACUACAUUGAUGAUGUGGACACAGUGAAGUGUGGGAAGAGGAGAAAGCUGGAGCAACAUGAAAGCAUAUGUCAGAACUCUUCCCAUAUCAACACAAAAGCAGACACCUCCCAUCUGCAACUGCUGUGUGGUGCUGAUGUACUGGAGUCCUUUGGUGUCCCCAACCUUUGGAAGCCAGAAGACAUUGAAGAGAUAGUGGGGCGCUAUGGCAUUGCGUGCAUAACUAGAUGUGGCAGUGACCCUGAGAACUUUAUCUAUCAGUCUGAUGUGUUAUAUAGGCACCGUAAGAACAUCCAUGUGAUUCGUGAAUGGGUGACCAAUGAGAUCUCAGCCACCCAUGUGCGCCGGGCCCUACGCAGAGGACAGAGUGUACGUUACCUGCUGCCUGACUCUGUGGUGCAAUAUAUUCAGGAUCACAGCCUGUACAGUGCAGAGAGCGAACAGAAGAAUGCCGGUGUCAUCCUCGCCCCCUUCCAGAGAUACACCAGCUCCAACUAGGCUUAUGCUCUAAUGCUUUCAGUCUGGCCUCUUAAGUUCAGUUUAGAGUUUUUGGAGGAGGGCAGACCUGUUACCCACAAGGCAUUGGAUAUUUUAGAAUUACCUACAAGAAUUGUGUGCCAUUUGAAUGCAUUUUCUUAUAUAAGUUUACAUAAAGACUGAUUGAUUAGAAGAUUGAUUUGUUUCAUUGUAUUCUAUCUAAGACAGAAGAACAAUGUUAGAUGGUAUUUCUAGGUCUCAGUGCUGCCUUUGACACUGUUGACCAAAACAUUCUCCUAGAUAGAUUGGAAAGUUGGGAAGGGCUCUCUGGGAUGGUCCUCAGCUGGUUCAGGUCAUAUCAAGAAGGGAGUGGUUACUGUGUGAACAUAGGCAACUAUGAACCUGAGUGGAUAAUUCUUGCACUGCUCAUGUUCAACCUGUAUAUAUUCCCAAUAGGCCAAAUUAUGAAAAAUAACCAAAUUGCAGACUAUCACCUAAUGACUACAGCCUCAUAAACUCUCUGUUCCUAGAGCACGUUGCGCAAGCUUUGGUGAUUUAAAGUUAAGGGCAAACCUUGGUUUAUGCCACAUUUGCUCACUGACAUUUGUUUGACAGGCACAUGAGAACAUUUAAACAUAGAUAAAUGCAACAGAUAAUCUUAAUCUAUGAGUACUCAGUGCAACGUGUUAAAAUAAACACAUUAAAUGUGUUUUUACACAUGCAAAAUGCCUUUUUACAAUACUUUCAAACAUCUGAUACAUUUCAUAAAAUUUAUUUUUUGAACAUUUAACAUGUUGUGUUUUGGCAAAAAGAUAUCCACACAAAGACCUGCCAGACACGUUUUAUCUAGAUACAGAGCCACAGCUUUGCAGCACUGAUGAUAGAUGAAAGGUUGAAGGAUAAAACUCUGCCAACUCAACUCGCAACACGUACUGUAUAAACGUUGGAAAUCUUGCUGUCGGUCAUAUAUUGCACCUGGUUUCUUCAAAUCACAACAGGAUCUUUUUUUCAGACAGUUGAUAAAAUGCCUGCCAUCCUCCCUGGUACAUGGGAUAUGGUCAGCAAUGUCAACUUUGAGGGAUACAUGAUUGCUUUAGGUGAGAUUGCAUUUGGAUGAUUGCUCUUAAUUGUGCUAAUGCAUUGUCUAUUUAUUACUUAUGCUUUUUAUCUUUCUCAAGCUACUUUGUCUUUAUGUAAAAUGUGUAAACAUUUUAAUAAAAUAAUU